AUGGUAUCAACGAGAGGCUUACGGUAUAAAUUUAGCGAAGGAGAGCGUGUCCUUUGCUAUGAACCUGACCCUACUAAGGCCAAAGUGUUAUACGAUUCGAAGGUUUUAGAGGUAAUAGAGAGCAAGGACAAGAGAGGCCGUCGCACUGUGGAGUACUUGAUACAUUUUCAAGGCUGGAAUUCUUCCUGGGACCGUUGUGUCAGUGAAGAUUUUGUACUUAAAGAUACAGAAGAAAAUAGGCAAUUGCAGCGAGACUUGGCUGAGAAAUCCCAGCUUCAAUUGGGUGCCUAUUUAUACCGAAGAGAGCGUAAAAAGGGCAGCAACACGAACGCAAAUUCGGGACCUGCUAAACGUGCCCGUCAUGGCUUCAGUGACGAUGGCUCUUCAAGUAGCACCCAGCCUGAUGAAGGCGAGACUGGGGACACGGACUCGUCGUCGGGGUCGGGCUCGGGCAGCUCCCAGCCGCACUCGCCGCUACACAACCCUCACGCCGGCCGUGCGCAUAUCGCACUGCCCUCUGCACUUAGAGACCGGCUGACAUUUGACUACCACUUGGUAGUGAAGCGCGGGCGGCUCUCCCGGCUGCCUGCUACGCCGUGUGCCGCACAGAUUCUCGAGUCGUUCGUGAAGUGGUUCGCGCGCGCCGGUGCCUGGCACCCCGCGCGCGCGCGCCAUGAGCCGCCGCAGCGCCCCGACAUGCUCGACGUGUCCUGCAGGUUGAAUCUAGUCCGAGAAGUCGCAGAUGGACUAAGAGUAUACUUCGACUUCGUUCUGCGCGGGCAUUUAUUGUACAAACAGGAACUGAACCAAUAUCACGAGAUCUGCGGGCAGUUUAAUGAUGAUCACGACAUAAAAAGCGAUUUAGAAGACGACGGGGAGCAGUCACAAGACGACGGCACGGUCGCAUCAGUUGAAGAUGAUUUAAAAAGUCCCAAGAUGCCAGAAUACUCGCACCUACCUCCAGACCCUACUGAUGGAGAAAAUGGCGAAGAUGACUCUAUCAUGAAAGCUAUGGACUCAACGGAUGGUACAAAUUCCAACGACGAUCCUAUUUCUAGUUUAGUUCAAGAAAACAAUUACGACGAGGAAAUGAGAAAUGAUCUAAACGACAAAUCGAUGAAAAGCGAUUCCCCGAGUGAAGACAUCUCUAACCACAAUAGCUGUACGAAAACGAGAGAGGGGCGUUCCGCUACACGCAGGGGUAACGUUGCCAGAAGGCUCCGUUCACAUAAAUCUGCCGUCUCACAUUCGGAGAAUGAAGAACCUGCGCCGUCUAAGUCUGCAGGGGAACAGCGUACAUUUGAAACAUUUUCUUCAAGCAGCGGCUCGUCGCUGAGCGAGGGCUGGACGCGCCCCGCGCCGCCGCCCACCGUGCACACACACACACGCACGCCGCUCUCACAGCUGCUCGAUAAGGUCUCAAAAUGGCAGAUAAUUCCCCGGGAAGGCACCGAGCACCUACCGAGUCGGGUAUACGGUGCCAUCCACCUCGCUAGACUCUUUGUAAAACUACCAGACUUUUUGAAUGCAACGCAGAUGCCGGAUUUCAAACUUAAGUUGAUUUUAAAACACAUCGAUAUGUUUAUACAGUAUUUGGAUGAACACAGUGAAUGGUUCGGCGAGAUGUACUAUAUAGCAGACGGAGUUUCCCGUUCACACUGA